UGCGAGCUUGUAAGAACAUCGGUGUCAGUCUCAUACGCGUACUUGAACACGAAUAUUCGUGCGGUAAUCAAGGUCAUCUGGAGAAGUUAUUUUUUCGUUUCAUGAUAAUGGACGUGAGUGUUAUUCUUCUCAGUGGGAGCGACGGCGAUUGAUUUCUUUUGGAAUUUUUGGCGCACCAGGGGAUUCACCCUGACCCUUUAAGUUCAAGGACAAGGAUACUGCCGUCAGGACCAGGUUGUACAAUCAGCCAAAUGAGACAUCCACAACCCAACGAUUGACAGUCCCAGGUGACUGGAUAAAAAAAUCAACAGACAACUUGAACAUCAAAGAUGGCGGUUUUGGCAGGGGGUAAAUGGUUGUUGCCGUAUCUCGUUGUUGUUCUUCUGGUUCUAGUUACACCGAGUCCAGCGGCUAUUCGCAAAGCUGAACGGGAUCACUGCAACAAAACAGUGGAAAUUUACGAGGAUGUGUCUAGUCCAGCAGUUACACCGGACACCUGGGGGAAACCAUUGACCUGUUGGUACCGAUUCAAGGCAUUCCGGGGUACCCCAAGAGACUGGAUACUCCGAGUGAGAUUUAAGAAAUUCAAAGUUGGAGUAUUGGCCAACGCCACCACUUGUCUCGGCGGUUUUCUUCAGAUAAUCGAUGGCAACACAAAAAGUGCAGUGAGCAAUCGUAAAGAGCCAGGAACAUUCUGCGGUGAAUCCGAGCAGCCCCAGACAUUCAUAUCAGAGACAAGUUUUGUCCGUGUAUUAUUCCACGCCGACAAUUUCACCGAUCAAACGUACUUCAGCUUUGACUCGCGAGCAGAACAGCCAUUCGAAGUUUACCUGCGUUACGGCCAGCACCCGGAGCUCUACCCAAAUCGUCGUGGUGAAGUUGUGCCAGGUAGUUACUGCGAGCGUGAUUUCAAGGACUGUCGUCUCCAGACAUGUUACGUACAGAGUCCAGCCUAUCCUGGUAUAUAUCCACGAGCCCUGCACUGCAAAUAUCGUUUAAACACACGCCAGCCAUUCAUAAAACUCUACAUAGAGAACGAGGAGUUCAACAUCGAUGGACAACGCUGUGAGAAUAUAAUGACAUGCCCAAUGAGACCAAUAAGCUCGGGCUCUCAACACUGUCCCUACGAUUACAUACGAGUUUACGAUGGCAAAGACGAAGGCUCACCAGUUAUCGGUACAUUCUGCGGUAUGGGAAAAUUUCCAUACAGCAUAAUCGGUACGAGUGCCGAUCUGUACGUUGAAUUUGUAUCAUCACCAGCGGGACCACUUCUAAACACUGGCUUUCACUUCAACGUUGGCAAUUGGCCAGCUCACGUUGAAACAGCUGGUGUUAAAAAUGGCUCGUGCGAUUGGCUGCUCAACAGUGAAUCCCUCGUUGCUAAUGACGAGGGUAUAUUUCUAUCGGUUGCCCAUUGGUAUCCACCCCACACAAGCUGCACCUAUCUGCUCAAGGGUAGACCCGGUGAAAUAGCACGAUUGUAUUUUCCAAGCUUUCGGGUCAAUCGAAUUGAAUCACCUAUUUUGCCUUAUGAUGGCGAUUGCGGUGAGAGUCUCACCCUUUACGACGCCAAUUGGCCGGAUGAUGCCAGAAUAAUAAAGACAUUCUGCGAUACAUUCAGCAAACCAAUGGAGAAACAUGAUUUUGUCUCGACAUCCAACUCAAUGUUCGUUAGAUUUGAGAGUAAGACGGGUAGUUACUCGGGUAGUUCGCUUUAUUAUUGGGCUCAUUACGAUUUCUUCAAUGCAACAAGAUUUGGUGAGCCAGUGCCAAAUACCGAGUGCGACGAGACAUUUGCAUCUUGGAAGGUACAGUCCGGUAAAAUGCGAUCACCUUUGAAUACACUAUUGUACAAACGUCCAGGUGAUCCACCCAAUGAUCUCAUAUGCACAUACACAUUCAUCACGGACAAGCGAUUGUUUGCCCGUAUAAUUGUGACUAUUGAGUCAGUUACCUUCAAAGACAAUCCGUACAGCCAGUGCGGCCACUGUUGGGACAGUCGUGCCGAUCGUAUUAUUGUCCGUGAACCAUCACCCGAGUCCACCAAGGGUCACUGUCUCUGCCGAUUAACACCACCGAAGGCACCCCUCAAGAUCGUAUCGCGGAGUGAUAGACUCGAAUUGAAAUUGAUGAUUGAUGGUGGUCAUGCUACAAGCAGUUACUUCAAGCAGUCGUCAUCGCUCUUCAAAGCAACCUAUGAGUUUGUACAUAGUCCACUGUGUGGUCCAGCCUUGCUACCACCAUCAACCGAUGGUGAAAUUGAAUUUCCCAAUUAUGAAGCACUCGGUUAUGUAACACCACCGCGCUCCAUAAAGUGUAUAUGGGAGCUGCGGGUUAAUCCAGAUAAGGAUUUGUGGUUGCACUUUGAUAAGAUUAAGUUUGCGUCGAGAUCGUGCGAGGAUGGCAAGCUUGAGAUAUUUCUUGGUGGUAUUGUUGAGCCAUAUCUGGCAAUAUGCGGUGAGAAUGUCAGCUAUGUCAGGGAGAUGCCCAUAUUUUCGGCUAUUCAGUUGGGCCAGCCAAAAAUUGCCGAUGGCGAACCACCACCAGUUGUUAUAUUAUUCACCGGUUCAAUGGCACCUGCCCGUGUUGCCUUUAAGAUUGCAUGGACUGAAUUAUUUAGAUUACCUCGGGAUGCUACUGGACAAUUAAAAACACAGAAACUCGAAGGAUGUGGUUACCAGUGUCCUGGCAAUACUGGAUGUAUACCAUUGUAUCUUGUGUGCAAUGGAGUUGUUAAUUGUCCAACGGUGAAUUUACCAACGGGUGGCUACAAUGUCAGUCUUGUGGAGCCUGAUGAUGAGUCCAUUGAGACAUGCGGUGGACCUGUAGCUGGUGGAAGUGGUGCUAUGGGGGGUCCUGCUGGAUGGGCGGGUGCUGGUCUUGGUGCUGGUUUAGCUAUUAUGCUUGGUCUUGCUUGUCUUGUUGCUGUUUGUCGGGUCUGCAGGCGGAGAACUACAUCAAGGGACAUUCAUGUACCCUAUUAGUCCGAGAUUAAUCUUUAAUUGUUAUCUGUCCUCCAUUUUAUGUACCCAAAUUACUCUAAUUAUUUCAUUUGUUAUAUUUUCCACUGUUACGGACGUAAAUGGUUGUGAAUGACGAAUCAUGAAAUUGUCUCAAAUCAAUUGUUAUGCAAUCAAUUUUAUUCUUACGAGAUAAUAUUUAACAAAUUGUUCAAUUCGUUAUUAUUUUGGUGUCUCAUAUUUUUUUCGUUGGCAAAUUUAUUUGUCGAUAAUUUUUUAUGAUAUUAGCGAGUCAGUGAUUGGAUAUACGUGAUUAUGUCUGGAUUCAGGGAAGAAUUAAAAAUAAAUAUAGAUCGGAAUUGUUAUCCAGAUUGAGUAUCGAAUUCAUUAGGUCGGAUUGACGCACAUCAAUAAAUCAGAAGUCCCUCUCAAAUGCAUCGGAAAGUGCGAGAAAUACAUAGAGAUGAGACGGAAUGCGACAACUCUUGAAUAUUAACGAGUGUCAUUAAACCACGGAUUCCAUCUCAAUCUCAUAUUUAUUCACUGACUUGUAAAUAUAAUCAAUCGGGUAGAGAAAUUUUUUUUUCUCAGCGUUAUCGGGUGUACAUAUCGUGCAGUUAUGUUUGUCAAAUUUUCCAAUACAUCUGGAAUUAUAAAUUGAAUGGGCAUUUGAUGGGGAAAAUAAUUCAGCGAUAAAUUCCCGAUACCCAAAAAUCCAUUCAAAUAAUCCAUUACCUAGAUCGGUGAGAAUUCCGUAACAAAUGCCCGCGUAGAAAUUCAUUAUAACAGGUAUAAUUAAAUUCCACAGUUGAUGAAGGAAUAUCCGAUAAGACAGGAUGAAGUUUCCGACAUUUGCUUGGGCGUUAUUCCGCGCACAUUGUUGACCCAAUUUUCACAUUCAACGUGGCGGACUGAGACAAUAACUCUUCCGCCGAAUUUCAUAAUCCAGUUAAAAAGUCAUUUAAUAGAACGACUAUUAAAAUAUUGAAAUUGAUGGGAGAAGAGGACGAAUGACUCUUUGUAAAUAAAUUCCCCAUGCCACCCCUGCCACCCCUACCUCCUCUACCUCCCCU